AACCACCACCAUUACUGCGCCUCCGUCACUCUCCUCCCCCAACUGAGUGAGCUCUCGCUCUCUAGUUCCACAAUGCCCAUCUCCUUCCUCUUCCUCCUCCUCUUGACCUGCGCACCCAUCUGCUCCUCCUCCUCCUCCGCCGUCCCCAACCGCCGUGUCCUCCACGAGCCCUUCUUCCCUGAAGAAUCCUCCCCUCCCUCCUCCCCUCCCGCCGCCUCCCCCCCAUCCCCGCCCUCCCCUCCUUCCACCCCCAAGUACCCUUUCUCUUCUUCCACCCCCACCCCCGACAACUCCCCCUUCUUCCCCGCCUACCCUUCUCCUCCCCCUCCCCCCUCUCCCGCCUCCUACGCCUCCUUCCCCGCCAACAUCUCCUCCCUCAUCCUUCCCACCUCCUCCAAGCCCAAGCCCUCCACUCGCAAGCUCGUCCCCGUCGCCAUCGCCGUCACCCUCUCCGCCCUCCUCCUCUUGGUUGCCGCCCUCCUUCUCCUCCUUCGCCGCCGUCGCCGGAGCCGUGACUUCGCCGACGAUGCCAAGACCCAGAGAUCCGACGCCACCACCGGUGGUUUGCCCGGCAAUGCCGAGGCCACCGCUCCCCCUCGCAAGCAGAGGACGACCUCCGGAGCCAGCUCCGAGUUCCUCUACUUGGGGACCAUGGUGAACUCUCGUGGAAUCGAGGAGCCGCGCGGCAAUGGAGGCGGCGCAGUUCUGGACCCGCGGAAGAUGGACUCGCCGGAGCUCCAGCCGCUGCCUCCCCUGGCGCGGCAGAGCUUGGCGCUGAACUGUGGGAAUACGAACGGAGACGUCCGGCCGCUGCCGCGGCAGAGCUUGAGGCAGAACUGCGGGAUUGGCAAUGGAGACGUGAGCUCGACGGCGGACGAGACGGAGGAGGAGUUCUACUCACCGCGAGCCUCACUGGGAGGUAGGGAGAGCUCGAUCGGCGCUGGAUCGGGGUCGAGGAGGGCGUUCGCCGCCGUAGCGAGUGAAACCCUCGGCGGUAGUGGUAGAAGGAGCGACUCGAGCUCGUCUUCAUACUCGUCUUCUAGCUCGGGCUCUCCUGCUCGGUCGCACUCCAUCAGUCUCUCUCCGCCGGUGAGCUUGAGCCCUAGGAGAUCGCAACCGAAAUCCCCGGAGCACGUAGCCGUUGAAGAAGAAGCAGCAGCUCAGGAAACUUCAUCGCUGCCGACACAUUACGCCACACCGUACGUUGACGAGAGCAAGACUCCUCUGCUUUCUUCGGAAGCUUCGUCACCCGAGAGAGAUUUGGGAAAAUCCGACGGGAAAGUCCAGUCUCCGUCGCUGUCCCCCAUGUCGUGGUCGCCGGAGCGAGGCUCGGACAGAACUCCAGAUAUCUCGCUGAGAAUGUGGGCUGUCACGGACGCGAUUGGACGCUCAUUGUCGCCAUCCCUGCAUUCUUCUCCACUGAGUAGAAGCUUGGAGAGAAGUCCAGUAGCCUUGCCGAGGAUGUCGGACGCAUCGCACCGGAUCGGACGGUCCCGGCUGUCCUCUCCUCUAUCGCAGUCGCCCGUCAGAGAAUGUGAGGAGAAUCAAGACGCAUCCCCGAGGAAAUCCGACGUUUCGACAGGAAGCUCGCACUUUUCUCUUCACUCGAGCUCCAGUUCGCCAAGUAAAACAUCUGAGAGAAUCGAGCAUAGAUCAUCGCCAAGAUCGUCCAAUGCUUCUGUCAGCAAUCUGCAUUCUCAAUCUCAAUCAGCUUCUCCCGUGGUCUCGUCUCCGAAUAAAGAUUCGAGUGCUCAUGAUCAGUUUGUGCAGUCUCUGGCGAGAGUUAGCAUUAGCUCGCAGCAGCCUCCAGUUCCAGCAGCGGUGCCGCCACCACCGCCGCCGCCCCCACCACGGGCUCCGCCUCUACAACAAAAGGUCAAGGAGGUUCUGCUUCCUUCGACACCUACCAGUCAACCGAUUUCCGAGCCACCUCGCCUAAUUCCACCGUCGAGGCCUUUUGUGCUCCAGAACCCGACAGAAGUUUCUCCAGUUCAGUUGCCGCCGAGUGUCGAAACUGCAGAGAAGGCGGAGAAGAUGGAUGAUACUCCGAAGCCGAAGUUGAAGCCCCUGCAUUGGGAUAAAGUGAGAGCGAGCUCGGAUCGGGAGAUGGUAUGGGAUCAGUUGAGAUCAAGUUCUUUCAAGUUGAACGAGGAGAUGAUUGAGACCUUGUUUGUUGUGAAUACCCCAAGUUCGAAGAUGAAGGAGACAACUCCCCGCUCGGUUCUUCCUUCUCUGCACCCGGAGAACAGAGUUCUUGAUCCUAAAAAGUCGCAAAACAUUGCUAUUUUGCUGAGGGCGCUCAAUGUCACCAUAGAGGAAGUCUGCGAGGGCCUUUUAGAAGGUAAUGGGGACACACUUGGAGCUGAACUUCUUGAAAGUUUAUUAAAGAUGGCUCCAAGCAAAGAAGAGGAACGCAAACUGAAGGAAUAUAAAGAUGAUUCACCCAUCAAGCUUGGUCCUGCUGAGAAGUUUCUUAAGGCCGUGCUUGAUGUACCACUUGCAUUUAAAAGAAUUGAUGCAAUGCUUUAUAUUGCCAAUUUUGAGUCUGAAGUUGAAUACCUUAAAAGAUCUUUCGAAACUCUAGAGACCGCAUGUGAGGAGCUCAGAAACAGCAGAAUGUUCUUGAAGUUAUUGGAAGCAGUGCUCAAAACCGGGAACCGCAUGAAUGUGGGAACAAAUCGUGGGGAUGCCCAUGCUUUCAAGCUCGACACGCUUCUGAAGCUGGUUGAUGUCAAGGGCGCUGAUGGAAAAACCACGCUCCUACACUUUGUUGUACAGGAAAUCAUUAGAACUGAAGGUGCUCGUCUCUCAGGGACCCACCAAGGCUUGAAUCCCAGUUUGAAUGAAGAUGCCAAGUGUCGCAAGCUUGGCCUGCAAGUUGUUUCUGGUCUCAGCUCAGAACUUGGCAAUGUGAAGAAAGCUGCUGCCAUGGACUCCGAUGUACUGAACAGUGACGUCAACAAACUUUCUAGGGGUAUUGGGAACAUUAGAGAAAUUGUGCGAUUAAUAGAAGCGACAGGAUCAGGGGAAAGUAGCAAGAAGUUUUCAGAGACUAUGAACAAGUUCACUAAAAUGGCUGAGGAAGAAAUCAUACGAAUUCAGGCCCAGGAAAGCGUUGCUAUGUCUCUAGUAAAGGAGAUCACAGAGUACUUCCACGGAGACUCAGCUAAGGAAGAAGCUCACCCAUUCAGAAUCUUCAUGGUGGUGAGAGACUUUCUUGCUGUCCUGGAUCGGGUAUGCAGGGAAGUUGGUUCCAUAAAUGAGCGAACUAUGGUUAGUUCUGCCCACAGACUUCCCGUGCCAAUUAACCCGAUGCUACCAAUACCCAUUAAUCCAACUCUUCCACAAGUUUUUCCGGCAUUUAAUGGCCGGCGGCAGCACGGCUCCUCAGAUGAUGAAAGAUCAUCUCCUUAGGCUCUCUCUGAUAUGCAAGACUCAUCGCUCUUCGGGGCAUCAAGCUGAAGCAGUUACAACUUAAAUUUUGGAAGGGAGGAGCAGGCGUAGGGCUCGGGGCUACCCGGUAUGUGUAAUUUAUUUUCCCUCUUGUAUCAUUCCCAUUUGUACCUGUAUAAAGUCCAUGUAAUAGAUAUAAAUGGUUUUGGCCUAUAGAUAAUAUACAAAGGAGGAGGUCUUCUUC